UUCUGUUAACCAUGUUUUACGAAAUCGCACUUAUCUUUCGAUCGUUCGAAAAAAUUACGGCCACGACUUGGAACAUCACGAUGACAAUUCGUCAAGAAAUGAGAGAGAAAAACGACGGUUACGAGGUGAAUCGAGUUGUCGUAUCGUGGAUGAUUGCACUUUUGGCAAACUAUCUUUUCCUCGGAAAGAGAAAAAUCUUCCUCGAAGCUUCGAUAGUAAACGUUUGAGGCCUCACGAUGUUUUAACCUCUAUUCGCAACACGGUUGAUAAUUUUAAUAGACAACGCAUCUUACGACGAUUCGAUGCAAAACAAAGUUACUAGCGGGGCAAUUUUGUCAUCCUCCGAAACUACGUACUAGCUACGGCACUGUGAGAAAGUCACGGGGCACAGGGUAUCGGUGAAUAGGUAGGAAGAUAAAAGGAACCGACGAUAUGAGAAACUCAACGUUAUUGAAAUGGGCGCAGAACUCAGCCAACAGUAAAAAUCAAACCAGCAAGAAUGGAACGAAUAGGAAUUGGAUACACCCACCAGAUGCGCUCCAAAAAGGCCACAUCGCCUACUUAGUCAAGUAUUUGGGCAGCACAGAAGUGGAUCAACCUAAAGGCAUCGAGGUUGUUAAAGAAGCUAUUUGUAAGCUCAAGUUUAAUCAACAGUUGAGGAAAAGCGAAGGGACAAAAACACCCAAGGUGGAACUGACCAUAAGCAUCGACGGAGUUGCAAUUCAGGAGCCGAAAACGAAAACAUCGGCUAAACGAAUUAUGCACCAAUAUCCACUACAUAGAAUAUCGUACUGUGCUGAUGACAAAGGCGAGAAAAAGUUCUUCAGCUUUAUCGCAAAAGAGGAAGACGCCGAGAGGCAUACUUGCUUCGUCUUCGUUAGCGAUAAAUUAGCCGAAGAGAUCACGUUGACGAUCGGCCAAGCCUUCGACUUGGCCUACAGGCGGUUCUUAGAAACAUCGGGCAAAGAUUUGGAAACGCAAAGGCGCUGCAUGGUACUGCAGCAAAAAAUAAAACGAUUGGAACACGAGAAUAACGUGUAUCGCCAGCGGUUACAGGACAUAGCUGCUAUCAAAGGAUCGGCUGACGUGUCAGCAUACUUGUCGCAACACAAUCUUCCGGAUAUUCUGCACGUGCCUGGCGCCACGAACGAAACAACGCAAGUAAAUGGAUCGGCAAAUAAAUCUUCCCUUGGUAAUAUAAAUGACAGUAAUGGGAAUACCUCGAAUGGAUCGCAGCAACCACCUCCGGUUCCUCCAAGGAGUUUCGAGAAAACGUUCGACGAUAACUUUAUGGGGAGCGAACCUACACCAACACCGUCGGUUGGUACCAAAUUGGAAGGGCUGUUGAUGGACGAAUUCGAGGAGGAUUUCAACCCUAGGGCAUACGAAACUGCGGCAAAUGGUUUGACAAAUCAUCAAUCCAGUCAUAACAGUCUUCUAAACGGUCAAGUGUCCUCCAACUCCAACUUUUUCUCACAAAGCAAUGGCACUACAAGUCCUCCACCAUUAUUGGCCCCACCACCGAAAGCGAAGGAUUCCAGACGUCAAAAUGGGCUGAAAGAAGAUUUAUUCGGUAGUAUUCCCUUCAAUCCCGCACCAUCCGUUAACGCAAAAAAUGAAUUCAAUGAUCCAUUUGAAAUGGGCGAAUUCGGAGCUACAACGGCGAUUUCUAAUCCUAGCCAACAAGAAUUAGAAAAUGCGAUUGGUCUUUUAGAUAAGAAGCUGCUCGAGAUGAAGGAUGGUUUUAGUAGAGGUCUGUCAAUCGAUACUGAUGACUUUUCGUUGGAAAGUUUGGAUCCGUUGCGAAAUUGAAUCAAAUUGAGAGUUCUUUUGGAAAGAAGAAUGCAAUUCGUUCGUUAUCGUAUGUUCGUUCGGAAGCGUGAAGGUCCGGGAAAUGAAUAGGCAAAUUAGGAACAUACGUCUUUGCGAAACCAAAAUUAGUCAAUUACUAUUAUAAUUAUGUUAAUCGUAUAUUUAUCGUAAUAUUUGAUAUUUAUCAUAUGCCUACUGAAUAUCAAUAGUAGCUUUAGUCUCGACGCCAAACACUGCAGAGACUUCGUUGUUAGGCAUAGGAAAAGCAUAGGAAAACAAAUGGUAUUAUAGAUACUCGUAUAAUAUCUUUAUAUAUACAUAUAUAUUAAUACUGUUUGUUUGUUUGUUUGUUUUUUUUUUUUUUUUUUUUUUUUUUAAUAAAAACAUGAAUUAUUUUAACAGCAUAUAAGAAAAUAGCAAUACAAGAUAUUUGAACAGAAUUUCCUACCGCAGUUUAUUGUAUAUCAAGUGUGAAAUUUCCGAGUCAAAUAUUCUACGUCUUUGUUUUUACAUGCAUAAAUGAAUCAACCAACCUGCGUGCCUUUUACCAACAUUUAAUAAACUAAAUCGUAAAUUAGUCAGUUCAUAGAGCUAAUUCUUGUUGUUAAAGUUAUUAUUUGUAAUGUAUAAACCUUACUCUGUGUGUGUGUGUGUGUGUGUGUACACGUGCGUGCGUUUUGGUAAAUAAUCCAUUCCAUAGACGAAGUACUCUAUCCUUAUAUGCAAGAAUGUGAAAUUUAAAAUUAUGAGAGACUGUUGCUUUUAAUUUCAUUUAAGUAAAUAUUAAAACAUUACAAAACGUUACAAAAUUCAAUGAAAAAGAAUUAGAUAUAAUAUUAUAUAUUUUUCUGCGGAUAUAAUUGAUUAUCUGCGUGCAUCUUUUCAUCGUGAAUUAACAAACAGGAAAAUAUCGAAACACUAGCUGAAAUGAUAGUUCGGAUCAUUUCUAUCGAUAGACAAUAUUGUACAUCUAACUGCUAAAUUUUUUUUUAUCGAUCUUUCAUACUCUUCUCUUCCUCCCAUUGCCCGUUAUAUUCAUUUAAUACCGUAAUAUAUAUAUAUACAUACAUACAUACAUAUAUAUGAAGGAUAUAAGAAAAGUGUAAAAUGGUAUGAGUGUUGUGGAAGGUUUUAGUCGUACAAUUUUAUAGAUACUUAUGCGUACGUACGUCGUGCAAUCUUCGAGACAAGAGAAACUGACGUCUGGUACAAUAAGAAGAAUAUCAUCAACUAUGUACAUAUGAAAUGCUGUUUUAUUAUUGUUGCUAUAUUGUUUAAGCACUAUCGUUAACAAUAUAAUGCGUAAAUAACGUA